AUGAGCAUUAGUGAAGAUGACGUGGAGAAGUUUCUUGAUGGCAACCCUGCUUUUGCCAAGCAGUAUUUUGAGAAGAAACUAAAAACAGAGUCCUGGGAUAACAAUGAGAGUGAAAUACUGUUUGAGUUGAUCCAAGACAUGCAAGAAAGCAUCAACAUGGAGAAAGUUGUUUUCAAGACCCUGAGAAGAAUCAGGUCUCUUAUUCAUGCUGACCGCUGUAGUCUCUUCAUGUAUAGGCAGAGAAAUGGCACUCCUGAACUGGCAACAAGGCUUUUCAACAUCCAAGAGGGAAGUACUCUGGAGGAAUGCCUGGUCUCUCCAGACUGCGAGAUUGUCUAUCCAUUGGACAUAGGCAUUGUGGGCCAUGUUGCUCAGACCAAGAAAACCAUGAAUAUCAAGGAUGUCCGUGAGUGUGCCCAGUUCAGCCCAUUUGUGGAUGAGCUCACCGACUACACCACAAAAAACAUCCUUGCGACGCCCAUCUUGAAUGGCAAAGAUCUGGUUGCUGUCAUUGUGGCGAUAAAUAAGCUGAACGGCCCACACUUCACCAGCUCCGAUGAAACACUUUUUCUGAAGUAUCUGAAUUUUGCAUCCUUGAACUUGAAAAUUUAUCACUUGAGUUAUCUUCACAACUGUGAGACUCGAAGAGGCCAGGUGCUGCUGUGGUCGGCUAACAAGGUUUUCGAGGAACUGACGGACAUUGAGAGGCAGUUCCACAAGGCUUUUUAUACGGUGAGGGCAUACCUGAACUGUGACCGGUACUCGGUCGGUCUCCUGGACAUGACAAAGCAGAAGGAAUUUUUUGACCUGUGGCCAGUCCUGUUGGGAGAAGUACCUCCCUACUCAGGACCUCGAACCCCAGAUGGCAGGGAAAUAGUCUUUUACAAGGUCAUUGAUUAUAUAUUACAUGGAAAAGAAGACAUUAAAGUCAUCCCAAAUCCUACCCCGGAUCACUGGGCACUAGUUACUGGACUACCAGCCUAUGUGGCUGAAAGUGGAUUUAUUUGCAAUAUUAUGAAUGCUGCUGCAGAUGAGAUGUUUAACUUUCAGGAAGGUCCUCUAGAUGAAUCAGGAUGGACUAUCAAAAACGUUCUCUCCAUGCCAAUAGUGAAUAAAAGGGAAGAAAUUGUUGGUGUUGUCACAUUUUAUAACAGAAAAGAUGGGAAACCAUUUGAUGAACAGGAUGAAACCCUCAUGGAGUCCUUGACACAGUUCCUGGGCUGGUCUGUACUCAACACAGACACAUAUGACAAGAUGAACAAGUUGGAGAACCGUAAGGACAUUGCUCAGGACAUGGUGCUCUACCACGUGAAAUGUGACAAGGAUGAAAUCCAGGAAAUUCUGCCAACACGAGAAAAGCUGGGGAAGGAGCCAAGUGAGUGUGACGAAGAGGAGCUGGCGAGCAUUCUGAAAGAAGAACUCCCGGGACCCAGUAAGUUCGAAAUCUAUGAGUUCAGGUUCUCUGAUUUCGACUGCACUGAGCUAGAGCUGGUGAAGUGUGGCAUUCAGAUGUACUACGAGCUUGGCGUGGUGAAGAAGUUCCAGAUCCCACAGGAGGUUCUGGUGAGGUUUGUGUACUCUGUCAGCAAAGGCUACCGGAAGAUAACUUACCACAACUGGCGCCAUGGCUUCAAUGUUGCACAGACCAUGUUCACGCUCCUGAUGACUGGCAAACUGAAGCGUUACUACACUGACCUCGAAGCCCUUGCAAUGGUAACUGCUGCUCUGUGCCAUGAUAUUGACCACAGGGGAACCAACAACCUCUACCAAAUGAAAUCUCAAAAUCCUUUAGCUAAACUUCAUGGAUCCUCUAUUUUAGAGAGACAUCACUUGGAGUUUGGAAAAUUCUUGCUCUCUGAGGAGUCACUGAAUAUAUGUCAGAACCUCAACCGCAGACAGCAUGAGCAUGUGAUUCACCUGAUGGAAAUUGCCAUUAUAGCAACAGACCUGGCACUCUACUUCAAAAAGAGAACAAUGUUUCAAAAGAUCGUUGAUGAGUCUAAGACAUAUGACAGCGCAACAGCCUGGACUGAGUAUCUGUCUCUGGAGACCACAAAGAAAGAGGUUGUCAUGGCCAUGAUGAUGACUGCUUGUGACUUGUCAGCUAUCACAAAGCCUUGGGAAGUCCAGAGUAAGGUAGCUCUGCUGGUAGCUGCUGAGUUCUGGGAGCAAGGAGAUCUGGAAAUAAGCGUUCUUCAGCAACAGCCCAUUCCCAUGAUGGACCGAAGGAAAGCUGCUGAGCUUCCAAAGCUUCAAGUGGGUUUCAUUGACUUUGUGUGCACAUUUGUCUAUAAGGAAUUUUCCCGUUUCCAUGAGGAAAUUCAGCCUAUGCUUGAUGGGCUGCUGAACAACAGAAAUGAGUGGAAGACCCGUGCUGAUGAGUAUGAUGCAAAAAUUAAAGCUCUGGAGGAAGAGAAGAAAAAAGAGGAAGAGAGAAUGGCUGCAAAGAGAGGUGAAAUAACCUGUAAUGGAGGAACAGCUCCAGCUUCCAAAACAUGUAGCAUACUUUAGACCUAUUCUCACUGCAAUGUAUGUGACCCAAAAUUAGAAUGUCCAUAAUUAAAAAAAAAAAAAAAAUAAAAAUCAUGGCAUACACAUACAUUCCUGGUUGGACUAUUCUGAUAAUCUUUUAGGCUUGUGACCAACCAGGGAAGGGCUAGAUCUUGUUUGCCUUAACUGCAUCUCUUCCAGAUAGUAGGGAGCCAGUUCUGUCCUGUCUCCUGUCCUCCAUUUAAUGCACCUGAUGUCAGAUGGCAUGUGAAAAGUCAGAACAACAUUUGGCCCCAUAAAUCAGGUUACAAGAUUAUGGAAGAGCAUUGUUCCUGCACUGAAACUCUUCUUACACUAAAGCUGAUGGGGAUAGUCCUGCUCCAUACAACCUCAUGAGACUGACAGUGAAUGCAACCAUAGCCUGCAGAGUGGGAAAAAUGAAGAAGAGACAAAGUUAUCGUAUCUAAGUCUGUAUUUGUCAGGAUAUCAGAAAGAAACCUGAGGGUAAGGAUAAAGCACAAAAAAUGAUGAUAGUAAACCUUUGAACUGCUUUAGAAUGUUAUGAUUCCUUGUAAAUCCAAGAAACACUCUGACAGAUCUGCAUUCACUUCAAGAAUCUGGGUAGGUUGCUAAAGCAUGGGAUCAUUCAUGCAAUACAGAGUAGCUGCCUUCUCCGGGAGUAAGAUCCACACAGUGUGCUAAUUGAAGCUUCAUUCUUUCAUGUGUCAUUUUAAGAAGACAGUGUUUUCAUUAGCCAUUACAGUUCCUCUUACAAUUAACCAAGCAACCUGAGUUGUGACAUCUCAUAAAUUUGUUCUGUUUUGCCUCAUAAUGCCAGUUAUUUAACACAAUUAAUCAGAACCAAUGUCCUUUCUUUCCUCCUCCUGUUCUGAGAUGUCUGGUUUUUAGAUUAUACUCUAGACUUGUGACCCUUAUUUCAGGUGAAAGUUUCUUUUCGUGUUUAUUCAUGCAAAGAUAGAACAUUCAAUUACACUCUUGUAGUAGUAGAGACACUCUCAUGUCCUGCUUACUCCCUCCCCCCCUUCUUUUUAAAAAUUCUUUGGAGAUCUGUUUUGCUGGGGAUUUUCUUCUUCUAUUACUCCUGCUACCUUCAAGGUCUUUACGCUUCAUUGUAUUGUUUUGCAUUAUAAAAAUACUGCAAGUAAAAGGAAAGUUAGAGCUGUGGUGGUACCUGGUGAUCAUUUACCUGUCUCGGUGUAGUAAGCAAGAUGUAAUCCUCAAUGACUAUGUAGCAGUUCUGUGAGAGGCAAUUUGUCUUUCAGGAAAAUACAGAAACUUGUCCACUUGCAUGAAAGUUAAUACACAAUAGGUAGUGACUCCAUGUUGUACGUCUCAGUUUCAUUGAAUCUUAGCAUGUUAAGGGUUGGAAGGGACCUUCCCAGACCAUCUAGUCCCAACAUCCCCCUGCCCUGGGUAGAGACACCUCUCACUAGAUCAGCUUGCUCAAGACCUUGUCCAGCCUGGCUUUGAACAGUGCCAGGGUUGGGGCAUCCACAGCCUCCCUGGGCAACCUGUGCCAGUGUCUCACCAGCUGCACUGUAAAGAAUUUCUUCCCAAUAUUAAAGGUUAAUUUCCCUUCUUUCAGUGUGUACCCAUUACUUCCUGUCCUGUCACUACAGUUGCUGAUGCAGAAUCCCUCUCAGAUACUGCAGGGUUGCUAGGAGGUCUCCACACAGCCUUCUCUUCUCCAGCCUGGACAGCCCAGCUCUCUCAGCCCAUCUGGGAGAGGUGCUCUAGUCCUCCUAUCAAUGUGUGGCCUCCUCUGCACUUGCUUCUGCAGUUCCAUGUCCUUCUUUGCUGGAGGCACUGGAAC